AUGAUCAUGAGGUGGCUACUUUCAUUCGUGGUCUUGGCCAUUGCUGCCGUGGUGAAGGCGGCGAGUUUCACAGGCAACAGGUUGCUGGUUGUGCUCGACGAGCAGGCCGAGCGCGAGAAGUACAGCGUGUUCCUCGAGGAUCUGACAGCCCGCGGUUUCCACACGACCGUUGAAUCGCCCAAGGGUGACAAGGUCGCUCUCUUCAAGCACGACGAGCGAACUUACGACCACGUCCUCCUGCUCCCCGCAAAGUCGAAGGGUCUCGGCCCAGCUCUGACCGCCAACAGUCUCCUCGAAUUCGUAAAGAAGGACGGGAACAUCCUUGUCGCGCUCUCCAGCGAACAAGCCACCCCUACCGCUGUACAGUCUCUCCUCCUCGAGCUCGACAUCAACAUCCCCAGUGACAAGGGUGCAUUGAUCGUCGAUCACUUCAACUACGACUCCGUGUCCGCAGCGGACAAACACGAUGUUCUACUACUUCCGUUUCCCGCUGCGCUCAGGUCAGGUGUUCAGAACUACUUCGGUGGAGAGGGGCACAUCGCAGUCCCCCGCGCAGUUGGCCAAGUCCUCGGAAACGAUUCCCCUCUUCUCUCUCCUAUUCUCCGUGCACCAAGCACAGCAUACAGCUACAACCCCAAGGACGAGGCUGAGGCUGUGGAGGACCCCUUCGCUGUUGGUCAGCAGCUGAGCAUCGUCUCCGCCAUACAGGCUCACAACUCGGCACGCCUGACCGUUCUUGGAUCAGCUGAGCUGCUUCAAAACAAGUGGUUCGCUGAGAAGGCCAAGCUAGGCGAUAAGGCUGUAACAACUGCCAACCGCGAAUUUGCUACCAAGCUGUCCGCAUGGGCCUUCAAGGAGACUGGUGUCCUGAAGGUCGGCAAGGUCAUCCACUAUCAGGAUGACGGUGCUAGCAAGAAGCUGAACUCCAGCAUUCCCGAGAGCAACCCCACCAUCUACCGCGUGAAGAGCGAUGUGCACUACCAGGUGGAGAUUUCUGAAUACUCUAACGACCGCCUCAUCCCCUUCGUCCCCGCCGUGAACGACAAUAUUCAGCUCGAGUUCAGCAUGCUUUCGCCCUUCCACCGCCUCAACCUCUCCCCUAUCUCGCAGACUGCCAACUCCACCGUCUUUGGUGUAGCGUUCAAGACCCCCGAUCAGCACGGUAUCUUCAACUUCCGUGUGAACUACCGUCGACCUUUCGUCACGAACAUCGACGAGAAGCGACAGGUUACAGUCAGGCACUUUGCUCACGAUGAGUGGCCAAGGAGUUGGCAGAUCAGCGGUGCUUGGGUCUGGAUUGGUGGCAUCUGGGUUACCAUUGCCGGCUGGUUGGCAUUUGUAGCUGUCUGGUUGUACAGCGCGCCAUCUGAGAAGAGCGCGAAGAAGACACAGUAA